GGCUUCAAGCGAGCUCAUAGCAUCUCUGGCACAAUAACAGCAUACUGAACUUUUGUUUUUUUAUAAAAUGUGUUGGCUACCUUUUGGUGUUAAGAAAGACUUUACUCCACCAAAAAAGCACUCACUUGCAUGUUUCAACUUUAAACUAAGGUUGGGUGCUGGGAUACGCGUAGGAAGUACCAAAACUAAAAAAGCGCGUUUUCUUGUUUUUCCGCCAUCUUUUACGAGAUCGUUGCUUGUGAAUCUAAUAUAUCACUAAAAUUAUUUUCUGGAUUAUUCAAUUGCUAUAUUCUUACUAAAUUAAAAGCUGUAAACGCCUUUAUCCUACAACAAAACGAAAAAUGCCAUUUUUUCUGAAAGAGCUUUCAUUGACGAUUUCCCUACAUCCAAGUUACUUCGGACCACACAUGAGAGAUUAUUUAAAGGCAAAACUGCUGGCUGAUGUUGAGGGAACGUGUUCAGGUCAAUAUGGUUAUAUCAUUUGCGUUUUGGACAGCAAUACUAUCGAUAUCGACAAGGGAAAAGUUAUCCCGGGACAAGGAUUUGCAGAGUUUGAGGUAAAAUAUCGAGCAAUUCUCUGGAGACCGUUUCGGGGAGAAGUCGUUGAUGCUGUUGUAACUACAGUUAACAAAAUGGGUUUCUUUGCCGACGUUGGCCCUCUGAGUGUUUUUGUAUCUUCUCACUUGGUACCACCAGACAUGACUUUUGACCCUGCAGCAAAUCCUCCUAACUAUUCUGGAGAGGAUCAGGUCAUCGAGAAAGGUUCAAAUGUUCGACUUAAAAUUGUUGGUACUCGUACAGAUGCUACCGAAAUUUUUGCCAUUGCAACCAUGAAAGAGGAUUAUCUUGGUGUACUUUAGUUCUUUUUUUUUUGUGUCAUUGCUCAAAACGUUCCUCCUUCAUUUCUUCAAUAUCCAAAACAAAUCAUUUAAUUACGAGCUAAUGUCAUUCCGACUGCCCUUGUCGGCGAGUAGCCAAAAUAAAUAUUCACAGAACGUGUCUCACAGUAUACUGGUGCAUGUAAUCGGUUGCCGUGACAUAAAACUUUAUAUCUACAGUGAAUGCAUUGAUGAUUUUAUCCUAACAUAGUAUAUGAUUCGGUUUCAUUCUCUACAAGUAUACGGUUGCUGACAGUACUGUCUUAUGAACAAGAAUCCCGCUUACAACUGUUACCGGAAGCCAAAGACUUUGUUACAUAGGAUUCAUGUAUCAACUCAUCCUUUUUGAAUCACAAAGCGUCUUUGAUUUCUGACGCUACACUCAACUGCCGUUCUAGCAAUUACUUUUAUCCUAACUGAGUUUGUCAUAGCAGUAAAUUUAAAAGAUAGUAAAAUUACUAAAAAUGUACACGUACGUAGGAUUGGUACCAUAAAGGUUCA